UGUCACUUUGGUUUUGCGCUUUGGUAGAAUAUCAAAAACACGGGCUGAUCACGAAAGUAGCAGCUGUCAGCUCCCAGGACCCCUACUAGCCGUAGACCAAGCGCCCUAAGUUCGCACCAAUUUAUCCUAUAUAACAGUGCGACAAGAUGGAAUUCCUUAUUGGUGGACUAGCAGCGACAAGCGCCGGAGUGCUAACCAACCCAUUGGAGGUGGUGAAACAUCACAUGGAGGUGAGCAAGAAGGCGAACUUUGAGCACCAAAAGGGCUUUCUCCACACAGGGUAUCAGGUGGCUAAAAGGGACGGUCUCAAGAGUCUGCAGAAAGGACUUUCACCUGCCCUCGGUGCGCAUCUCGUCUCAUAUGGAAUGAAACUUGGCACCUAUGAGUUCUUGGCCAACAGAGGCCUGACCUAUUACGAGUCAGGUGAGGUGUGUGUACCGAAAAGCAUAUUGGCCAGCACAUGCGGAGGCCUAAUGGGCCAAUACUUCUCUAACCCGUUCUACCUCCUCAAAACCAAGCAUGCCGAACACCAGCAUCUCAAUCCCAGGGAUUACCUCAGCUAUGCACAGAUUGCUAAGAAGAUCUAUCAAGAACAUGGAAUUCGCGGAUUCUUCCGUGGAGCCACAACCUCUCUUCCCAGAGCACUGAUUGGAACAUCUCAACUGACCUCUUUCGCCGUUGCCAAAGAGACACUUAACAAGUUCGACAUGUUCGCUCAACAGCCUUUCUUCACCACGGUACUCGCAGCAGCAGCCGCCGGAAUGGUACUUAGCGUCGCUAUGACUCCAUUCGAUUUGGUACUUACCAAGAUGUACAAGCAAGCAAUCUUCUCCGACAAGCAGAAAUACAGCGGCUAUCUCGACUGCAUGUUCAAAAUCUACCUGAAGAAAGGUCUGAAACCAUUCUACAAGGGCAUGGGCCCACUCUAUCUGAAACUGGGACCCCACACAGUGCUAUGCCUUGUCUUCUGGGAAGAACUUAAGGAUGUUUACAGGAAAAACACGAAGACCGUAGAUUAUAACAGCAAGACAUACAAACCCGUACCGUCAAAUAGUUUUUACGAAAAUAUCGGAUUUUUGAGCGGUACUCAUGAUGACUAUUUCAAUCAAAAAAUGGAAUCUGAGUCCAAGUUAGGAGUUUACUGGAACUGAGUAAAAUCGCUAGGCUGUGAUGUAGUUUAGGAAUUGGUACAGAAACUCAUAGCAAAAAUAAAAAAUUACCUAAAACUAACUAUAAAAUUUUAAAACAUUUGUAAUUCACCAGUUGAAGACGGGUUGAAUAUUUUUUAUCAUUGUUUUGACUGUGUUUUUUCAUUUUUGGUCGAAACUACUUUUUGAUUUAGGAUUAUUGACCACAUCGAAUCUUAUUAGGAUGAAGUAUUGUGUGCUUUAUUUAGAUUGGCUUCAGUUUUGUUAGGUAUUUGCUCGUGAGUCCUUUAUGUGAGACUAGCUCCUUUUGCCAAGUGACAUGAGUUUGUUUCUGGAAGUCACAGUAAGCGUAAUAUAAACUGAACAAUUCUAGAUAAAGUAUACAAAAUUUCAUAGAAAUAUAUCUGUCACCAAUUCCAUAGCAUUAUUCCAAUAAGUAAUACCAAAGAUUCCAUUAUAUAAUGUAUGUUGUAUAAAUAAAAGAAUUUUGUAUGUUUUUUUAAAUAAAACAGUGGACCAAUGUUUAGCAAUAACACGUUUUUUUGUGUUACCUUCACUGCAUACUAGAAUUUGUAGUCAUAAUAUGACAGUUUGAAAAAGGGUAGUGAUAUACAUUUGUGAUGUACAGAUAACUUCUGUUUUGUAUUUAUUUUUGUACUAAAGAGCAUAAUUUAUUGAAAUAAACUGUUUAAUUGAAA